UUAUGAUGGAGAGUCUGACUCUUAGGAGAGAUAUCCAGACACAGCCCGCCGCCCUGACAGUAACCGGCUGCGCGUUAAAACUUAGCCUGCGAGGCCCUUUGCAACUAUCCCUUCUUUCUUCACCGCAUUCGUUAGUGAAGUUUCCUCCUCAAUCUCUUGCUGGUCAAAAGUUUGAGGCACUUCAUCGACGGUAAAGCGAUCCCUAACUCAGUAAAAUUGUCAUGCGCCUUUCAGCGACUUUGUUCAUUUUCGGACUUGCUUCCAUCACAUGCACAGGUGCGGCACCUCAACCCAUGAACACCCGAGCUCAUGCUAACGCUCUGGACACUGCAGACGCCGAAAGGCGUAUUCGUUCCCUUACGGUACCCUCGAUGCACGCCAGAAACGAGAUUCUUGAAGUUUACUACCGACAGGACACGAAGAGUAGGCAACCAAUGCCGGGAGAUGAUGUUAGGUCCAAGACAGCAUUGAAGGAUUUCUUCGGUCACGAGGGCGUCAGACAACACCUAGGCAUAUCCGAAGGCAUUGAAAUCGAAGUGAAGGGGGACUUUUAUGGAUUUCUCAAAUACAAUGAAAGGGGUAUCACACUGCCAGAACGUGUGCAGAAGGUUGCUUUCAAAUUCAAGGCAGAUCCUCUCUGUCGUACCAUCUGUGCCGGAUUACUUGAAAUCAAUAGUAUGAUGGGCGUUGUUCGUAAUGAGGAAAAAGAAAUCUUUAAAAAUUUCUACAGAGGCUGACUGAAUUCGAAACCUUCCACUAUUGCGGUUUGGAGGAUUGAAGUUUGGUGCAUAGUUGUAGUAACGGAGGGUGACUGUGGCACUGAUAUGUAGAACACUUUCCUGUGAAUCCAAUGCUUGUGCAUGGCGCCUCGUGUGAACGAAUUGUCACUCAAAUG